AUGGAGGAUAAGGUUGAAGAACCAAUUACUCUUUUGAAGAGAAUGCUGCAAAGAAACAUGAUGCUUGAUGACAUUGCAUGCUCUUUAAAUGUGUAUUCGAAAAAGAGAAUGGUCAAUGAAGUGUUUGAUGGUUGCAGAUACUUUAGCGACCAUGGGUUGGAUGUUAAUAUAAUUGGCUUUAACACAAUGCUUCUUGUUUCACAGAGAUCUGAUCAGAAUAAUUUGGCUUGGAAGAUAUUUAAAUAUAUGUUUGUGUAUUCGAAAAAGAGAAUGGUCAAUGAAGUGUUUGAUGCUUGCAAAUACUUUGGAGAUCAUGGAUUGGACGCUAAUAUAAUUGGCUUUAACACAAUACUUCUUGAAGAAAGAAUCGAAGAGGUUGUUCAAAUGAUGGAAGAGAUGGUUUCAGUAGGACUGAAGCCAUAUGACGAGGCAUAUAAUCAUCUGAUAGUUGCUACAGUAGUUCGAUGCCUCCCCGCCGAUCUCCAUUGCUCCCAAACUCUCGUCUCGAAAUAUGAUCCAAAUCGCUACUUCAACAAUGAAUUCGUUACGCUCGUCGCCAAGCUCUCCACCUCCCUACUAAUAAUUCUCAUGGAAAUUGAGCCCAUUGCCGAUAACCACAAAAAGAAUCAAAAGUUUACAAUCUUUCCUCUAUAUUCAACGAUUCUUCCUAUAGAUGUGUGUGCUUUGCUGGAGUCGGCGGACAACAAGUAUACAGAGAGAGUUGCAUCCAAACAUGCAUCGAUUGUUGAGGUAGUUCUUGACAUGCACGAAGCAAUUUUUCCUGGACAUCGUGUUUUUGAUCAUUUGCUGCAAGUGUAUUCAAAGAAGAAAAUGGUCAAUGAAGAAGAAAGAAUCGAAGAGGCUAUUCAAAUGAUGGAAGAGAUGGUUUCAGUAGGACUGAAGCCAUAUGACGAGACAUAUAAUCAUUUGAUAGUUGGUCUGUUGAGAAAUGGGUGGACAAAUCAGUGCUUGAGAUAUAGUGAAAAGAUGCUUGAAGGUGGAUAUUUGCCCGAUCUUGGUACUUGCAAUGAAAUGAUAAAGACACUUUACAUAGUAGGAAAUAUCGAGGAAGUCAAUAGAAUUCUGACAUCUUUGUUGAACAUGAGGCUUGUCCCUAAUCAAGAAAUAUACUUGAUUCUAAUUGAUGUCCACCGUAGUUUGAUGCCUCUCCGCCCAUCUCCAUUGCUCCCCAACUCUCGUCUCGAAAUAUAA